AGUUGCACAAUCGACGAAGACAGUUUCUUGUCAAAAUAAUAAAACAAGUUUUAAUUUACUUUUUAUUUAGGAAUUGCAUAUUUAAGUGAAAAGUUUACGAACUCGUGUGAAAUAAAAAGUUUUUAAUAAAAUAAAUCCUAAUUAUGUUUAUUGCAAAGAUUGUAUUUAUUUUAACACUUGCCACUUUAGGGCAAGCCUUUAAACGAGCGAUGGUAUCAGACCAGAAAGAUUUUUCCUACGAUUUCUCUGAUCCAUUUGGGCCACAAAACUGGGGGAGAAUAAGCAAAACAUGCGAUGGUAAUCGACAAAGUCCAAUAAAUCUUCCGCUUAGAACUACACUGGUAAGGCCAAGGCAUCCGUUAACGAUUAAUGAUCUUACCGCAAUACCAGCAUCAAUUGAUAUUAUGAAUGAUGGACAUGGAGCGAAAAUUAUGUUCAACUUUCCCCAUUCACGUCAAGCAACAGUUACUGGUGGACCAUUACGUGGUGAAUACAUAAUUGAAAAUGCACAUUGGCAUUGGGGUGAAAAUGAUUUUGCUGGCAGUGAACAUUUAUUAGAUGGUCGAAGAUUUUCCGCUGAACUUCAUGUCGUCACAUACAAUUCAAAAUAUGGAUCAUUGACAGAAGCUGUAAACGAAAAGGAUGGACUUGCUGUCUUGGGAGUCUUUUAUGAGCUUUCGCAUGAUGAGUUUUCAGACUUUCCUAUAACGCCUUUUCUUCACAAUAUAAUUCACCCGAAAUCUUCUUGUACAGAAGAUAAAGAUGUUUUCACAAUUCUUGAUGUCGUCAAAACAACUGACUUUAACUUUUUGAGCUAUAAAGGUUCAUUGACAACACCCAAUUGUGAUGAGACCGUUACGUGGAUGGUUUCAACUACGCCUCUCAAAAUAUCAUCACAUGAUUUACAUGAAUUAAGGAAAUUGAGAGACGAUAAAGGAGAUUUAAUUCUUCGCAACUACAGACCAAUUCAAAACAGAAACUUCCGCACUAUUAGAUGUUUUUUGAAUUGAAAACUGUUUCCCAAUGGUCUAUGGAUAAUUGAUUAAAACUUGUUGAGUAUAAAUUCAUAUUACAAUGAAAGGCAUUUGAAGUUUUUACAUAUUCGUCGUAAGAGAAAUAUUUAAACUCUUUCCCAAUAUUUCCAUUUUCAUUCCUCUAAUUUCAAUGCAUUGUCGGUUUGUGUGUUUAAAAUUAUUUAUUGCAUCAUCGACAUAUUAACUUUUACAAUCCAUUUCGAUUCUGAAAGUGUAAGUAAAGCCUCAAAAUAUCAUUAAAAUAAUAAAAAAGUCAAAAGUGAAAAAGUUUCAAUAAAAAGCGUUUGAUUUAAUUUCUUUAGCUAUUAA